CUUGAAUUUAUCGAGUCAAGAAAGUUCAAGCUCCAAAGAUGAUUACUUUCAGAACUAUGAGGCCAAUUGCCUCUCAAUUCAGAGCUUCGAGCUCUGCUCUCCCCACAAUAGCUCGCAGUUACUCUGCCUGGUCAGUGAAGUCCUACGAGUAUAUUCAGACCACCGAACCACGGCCAGGUGUAGGACAAAUAACACUCAACCGUCCCAAAGCCCUCAACGCCCUCUCCACCCCGCUGAUAGACGAACUAAACCACGCCCUCCAAGCUUUCGACUCCUCCCCCUCCAUCUCCGCCAUCCUCCUAACCGGCUCCCAAAAAGCGUUCGCAGCUGGCGCCGACAUCAAAGAGAUGUCAACCCUCACAUUCUCAGAAGCCUACACAAACUCCUUCAUAGAAUCCUGGUCCCUGCUCACCACCACCAUAAAGAAACCCAUCAUUGCUGCCGUCUCCGGCCAUGCUCUUGGAGGCGGCUGUGAAUUAGCUUUGAUGUGCGAUAUUCUGUAUUGUACCGAGAACGCGAAUUUCGGCCAGCCGGAAAUUAAGUUGGGGACUAUACCUGGUGCCGGAGGAAGUCAGAGGCUUACGAAAGCGAUUGGGAAGGCGAGGGCUAUGGAGUUGAUUUUGACUGGGAAGAAUUUCACGGGUAAGGAGGCCGGUGAGUGGGGUGUUGCUGCCAGAACGUUUGCAAGUUGGGAGGAGUUGAUUGAGGGAGCUUUGAAGACUGCAGAGACGAUUGCUGGGUAUAGCAGGGUUGCUGUUAUGGCUGGAAAGGAGGUUGUGAACAAGAGUCAAGAUCUGGGUGUCAGAGAUGGAGUUGAAUACGAGAGGAGGGUAUUUCACAGCUUAUUUGGGAGUGAGGAUCAGAAGAUUGGGAUGAAAGCUUUUGCUGAGAAGAAGAAAGCAGAAUGGGUGCAUAAGUAA